AUGCGUGACAGGAAGGAUAGAGACGGCUUAGUGACUUCCCCUGUUGAACGCAAUACCACGCAAGCACUCACACCCGAGCAUAAAGACGAAGUCAUCUGGGGCUCAACGAGACGCAUCAGUGACGAUACCCUGAUCCGGCUCACCCUCCGCAUCAUCAACGACGGUUAUCGUCCGGGAAAUGUCGAUUGCCGGGUAGUGAAGAGGACCUCAGGCACGUUUAACAAAGUCCAUGUGGUCGAAUUUAACUCUGGCAAGAAGUACGUUAUCCGCGUGCCUCGCUUUGGUACCAAGAGCUCGUGGAAAGCUGAAGAUGCUGUGGCCCUUCGGUCACAGGCCUUAACAAUGAGGUUUAUCUCGCAAAAGACGGAUCUCCCGAUCCCUCAACUUAUUGCAUAUGAUACCACUCACAACAAUGAGAUUGGACAUCCUUACAUUAUUAUGACUUUUCUUGAAGGAUCGCGAGUCUGCGACGUGUGGGACAACGAAGAAUUCUCGCCUAGUCUGGAAAUGAGACGCCUGAAGAUCAUCAAGUCACUGGCAUAUACCAUGACGUCGCUCAAAAAUAUUUCGUUUGAUCUAAUCGGCAUGCUUCAUUUCGACUCUGAUGAGAAUCUAGUGCCCCGAGUCGGACCGCGCUAUGAGAUUCUCCAAGGGAGUGAACGAUCUUGUGGCCAUGGGAUCAGAAAGCACGAAUCUCGCAUGUAUGAACCGCUUAAGAGUUCGCAUGAUCUUUUUCGAGAAAUGCUGGCGAACUGGUGGGAGAGUCGCUACAGAGGUGAAUCUUCCAUUCGGCGGCAGCGAGAUCGGAUCUACUACCAGUUACUCAGCAUCAUGGUUGACUGCGUGCCGUCAGCUGUCUCAAAACAGUCUAGAUCACCAUCAUCAUGGGAGACUUUUGUUCUUGCUCCCCCGGACUUCAACUGGCAGAACAUUCUUGUUAAUGACAAAGGCAAGGUUACCGGGAUACUCGACUGGGAUACUGUCUCUACUGUGAGCCGGUUUCAGGGAUGGGCUGCGACCCCACAAUGGCUAGCUUGGGACUGGGAUCGCAACUACAACUGGGUUGGCGACGUCGGAAAUUCGCCGCUCGAUUUCGCCCGCUACCGCCAAGCAUACGCGCGGUUCAUGAAGGAGGCUCUGAAUGGAUGGGAGACAGUCGAUGGCAUGUUCACAGCGAAAAGUCACUUGCUUUGCUGGCUGAUGACGGCACUGAGCCGGAAGGAGGAGACGAAGAGCUUUCUGGAAAAAAUUAUGAGCGUAACGUUGCCCAGGGUAAACUUCUACCGAUGGCUGGAUCGUGUGAGCGGAAGAGGGUGGCAGAGGGGAGAAUGGGAGUUUUUACGGGGUAGACUGACAGAGGUCUUCGACUGUACCGUUGAGGGGGCACUUUUAUGA